CUUAACCAAGGAACAUUUCUUUAGAAAAAAGCUAAAUGGAGAAACCCUGUCAAGAAAAUGGUUAGUGUACUCACCGUCUACUGGCACUGUAUUCUGUUACUGCUGCAAGUUGUUCAGUAUAAGAGACAAUCAAUUUGUCACUGGAUUUAAUGACUGGAAAAACUGUGCUAAUCGCUUGCAUGAACAUGAGAAUAGUAUGGAUCAUCGUACUGCUGUGCUGAGUCUAUCAUCACUUGGAAAUAAAAAUGCACGCAUAGAUUCAAACAUAGUACAGCAACAGGAGUAUGGCAACUAUUCAGUUUCUUUCUUCACGAGGACUGCCCUUCCGUAGGGACGAUGAGUUAGUAGGAUCACCCCACAAUGGGAACUUUUUGGGCUGCUUGGAGUUAAUUAGUCGCUUUGAUCCACUUCUGUCAGAGCAUCUAGCCAGAUAUGGAAACAAGGGCAGGGGACAUACCAGUUACCUGUCCUCUACAGUUUGUGAUGAGUUUAUUCAGCUGAUGGCUGAGAAAGUUCUGCGUGCCAUUGUAAAAGAAGUUAAAGAUGGCAAGUAUUUCUCCAUCAUUGUGGACUCAACACCUGACGUCACACAUGUUGAUCAGCUUGCUUUGAUAAUUCGCUAUGUCCUGAAGAAUAGUGGUGAGCCUGUCGAGAGAUUUUUGGAGUUCAUACCACUACAUGGUCAUACUGCAGAACACAUGGAGGAAACACUCAAAUCUGAGUUAAAAGAACUGGACAUUGAUUUGAUGGACUGUCGUGGGCAGAGCUACGACAAUGCUAGUAACAUGGCAGGGAAAUAUUCUGGACUCCAAGCAAGAAUAAAAAAUAAAAAUCCUAAUGCUGACUUCAUACCAUAUUCUGCACAUUCUCUUAAUUUAGUUGGUGCAUGUGCAGCAGAAUGUUGCCUAGAAGCAGUUUCAUUUUUUGGCUUCAUUCAAAAUCUCUACAACUUCUUCUCAGCUUCAACUCGGCGGUGGGAGAUUUUAACAGCCCAUCUCACAAAAUGUGAGCGAGGUCUGACACUGAAGAGCCUUUCCGGCACAAGGUGGUCUGCAAGAGCUGAUGCAACAAAAGCUCUGAGAUUUGGCUACAAAGCUAUACAGGAUGCUUUGAACGAAAUCAAAGUUGACCAUGGAACCCCCAGAGCUGCUCAAUAUGAGGCGAGUCAAUUAAUAACAGUGAUGGAAACCCUUGAAACUGCAGUUAUGACAGUACUGUGGGAUGAACUGCUGAGAACAAUCAAUUUAACCAGCAAAGCAUUGCAACAGGUACAAAUUGAUGUAUGUACUGUUCCUAUUCUGUACAGUUCACUCAUAGAAUACAUAGGACAGGCCAGAAAUGAUUUCGAUGUCUAUGAAGCAGAGGCCAAGACUCUCACAGCGACAGAGGGAUACAAAGCAGAUAGCCAAAGGAGACGAGUGAAGAAAGUUAUGUUUGGUGAGUCUGCAGGUCCAGAGGUGCCGCGCUCAGGCCGUGAAGCAUUCUUGAUUGACACACAUUAUGUCAUCUGUGACUGCUUGUCACAAGAAUUGAAACAACGCAAAGACGCAUACAAAAACGUGGAGGAGAAAUUUGGUUUCCUUACUAAAACGAAAUCAAUGAACAUUGAACAAAUCCGUGCAGCCACAGAAAAGCUGAAGAAAAUAUACCCCCAGGAUCUUGAGGAGGACUUUACAGCAGAGUUUUGCCAGUUCAUCUCAAUGGUAAAAGAUGAAGAAUCAGUCAUGGCCAUGUACAAGAAGUUCCUAGAGCUAGGCUUGAGGGAUGCUUUCCCUAAUGUGGACAUUUGCCUUCGCAUGUAUCUGACAUUACCGAUUGCAAACUGUUCAGGAGAAAGAUCAUUUUAUUUGUUGAAACGAGUAAAAACAUACCGGAGAGCAACAGUAACAGAAAAAAAACUGAAUGCCUUUGCCCUGUUGGCAAUUGAAAAUGGAUUCACAACUGCCCUGGAUUUUGAAGACAUCAUCGAGGACUUCACCUCAUCAAAACUCAGGAGAAAGCAUCUGUAAAUAUUGUGAUGAUGCCGUCAAGACGUGUUUCUGCUGUGAUGGAGGCCUGUGAUGCUGGAAGGCUGAAGAUUAUGCCUGAGUGGAGCAUGCUAAAUGGUUUCCUUAGUUUCAUGGGAGAUUGUGAUGGCUGAAUCCGGGGAUUGAAGAAACGCACACACCUUAGUUGCUGCCGGUAGGUGAAGUAGGUGAGUAACUGAGUGAAUGGUGACCAGGGAAUGUAAAGAAGGAGAUGGAUAAUGGAUUGGAGAUUCUCAGGAGUAGCAGAGGAAAAUAAUAAGGAACACUGGGAUCAGGAAACGC